GUGGUACAAUUUGGAAGUUCAAAAUAUCGUUUACAGUAGAUGCUUUGUAAUACAAAUUAAUUUUCCUGCCCGCUGUACAAAAUAAUGUAUUGAUAAAUAUAAUUUAAAGAGUUACUGUGAGUCAAUACUUUCAAAAUGACUGCCGACAACGAAUAUCCAAAGGCGUCGAAUGCCACCCUAAUAGGGGCAACAAUCACCUAUGUUGCCGGCCUGUUCCUGCUGUUCUCGUUUGCGAGCCCGUACUGGAUAGAGUCGUAUCCAGAGAUGUUUGAUUCCUUCAAGCGCAUGGGUUUGUGGGAGUAUUGUUUUGAUCGCUUCCGUCUGCCACAGUACCAACUGGACAAACUCUUCAUGGGCUGUCACUACAUUUUUAGUCAGGAGUACUAUGUAAUCCGCGAGUACCUGCUACCCAGCUGGCUCAUGGCCGUGCAAGCAUUUGUCACAUUGGCACUGAUAUUCUCGCUCAGCGCACAAGUCCUACUGGCCUGUGUCAUUGUGCGCUGGCCUCUGCGCACAGUGCUACAAUAUGAAUGGAUUUUUGUCUCACUCUCAUUUCUCUUUGUUGCUGCGUCAAGUGUGUUCUUGUUUCUGGCAGUAGCAGUGUUUGGAGGGAACUGUUACCGCCGGGACUGGCUGAUGUAUCCCUCGUUCCACGUUGUCUCAUGGUCAUAUGCCUUUGCUGUAGUUGCAUUAGUAUUUUUCGGCGUGGCGGCAGUUCUGCUGUACAUGGAGUCAAAGAAGCUGUACGAACUGCGACUGGAGGCGCGCAACCUCGUGGCGCAGAUGCAGCACAGCCAGCCCGAGCACGCGCUGCACCAGCUGCGCGACCAGCUGCAGCACCAGCGGCAGAUCGGCUGGAAUAACUAGCUUUUUACAUGCACUGCGUAUCCUAUCACCCAUUUUUCCCUACAUGAAAAGGUACAGAUGUAGUCAAUAAGGAUGAGCAUGACUGAUGUGUAAGACAUAAAAAAAUUGCAAUCAACUAAAAACAAUUCAAAAAAUAGAAAAUUUAUAGGACAUUUUGCACCCUUGGACAAGUAAUAAACUAAUGAUAAAAUUCAAAAGUACCAAUUUAGAAGCCGGUGUUUGAUUUUAGGUAUAAUAUUUUAUUUAGCUUAAGAGAUGUUCUCAUGUAAUAUUCUUUGAUAAUUGAUAUAUUAAAUUAAAUGUCAUUUACGUAAACUCCAAUCGCCAAAUCACAAUAAUGUAUAGCUAGUUGAGGUACCCAUUGUUCUUAUUGACUACAUUUGAGUAUUGCUUAUUCCUGUUUUGCUAUUUGCUUAGUAAAUAAGAUUUUCUAACGGACUCCUUUUGUUGAGAGUAUUUUAAAUUUCAUGAAGUUUUAUCAUUAUGGUAUAAUGACUAGAUUAAAGAACCUAUUCUUAUAAAUCUUACUUUUCACCAUUAUACUGAAGGUCAUAUAAAAUUUAGUCAAUAGAACGAUAUCGUUUAGAUUGCGUGUUAGAGACAAACUAUCUCAAAUUUA